AAGCCAAAAAUCUCUCUCUAUCUACCUCUCUGUCUCGCACGUAUGCUCUCUGCCGCGUCCAGUCCACACUCCACAAUCGCUUUGCUUGCCACAGCACCGUCGGCCGGGGCGGCAACGGCAAUGGCAAUGGCAGCACUGUCCCUCCUCCUCGUCGCCGUCUUCUUCCUCGCGUGCUCCGUCGCCACUCACUUGCUGCCCGGCGCACCGGAGCCCGCUGCCUCUGCCGCCAGCGUCGAGGAUUACAACGCGCUGCUCUCCUUCAGGUCGCUCGUGAGGGGCGACCCGUCACGGGCCCUGGCGUCAUGGACGAGCAGCGGCGCCCACGACGGGCCCGCGCCGCCGCCGUGCCAGUGGCGCGGCGUGUCCUGCGGCACGACGGGCCGCCGCCGCGGCCGCGUCGUCGCGCUGGACCUCCCCGGGCUCGGCCUCCUCGGCACGCUCAGCCCGGCGCUGGCCAACCUCACGCACCUGCGGCGGCUCCACCUCCCCGGCAACCGCCUCCAGGGCGCGCUGCCGGCGGAGCUCGGCCGCCUGCGCGAGCUCAGCCACCUCAACCUCAGCGACAACGCCAUCGGGGGCCGCCUCCCGCCGUCGCUCUCCCGGUGCAGGCACCUCAGGACCGUCCUGCUCCACACCAACAAGCUGCAGGGGCACAUCCCACCGGAGCUGUUCCUCUCGCUUCGAAGCCUCGAGGUACUCAACCUCGGCCAGAACAGGCUAACAGGAAGCAUCCCUUCCAGCGUCGGCGGCCUCGUCAACCUCAAGCUGCUGGUCCUGGAGUUCAACAACCUGACAGGGGAUAUCCCAUGGCAGGUCGGCAGCCUCGCCAGCCUCGUUGGCCUCGGCCUUGCUUCCAACCAGCUGUCAGUCUCCAUCCCCGCCUCGCUGGGGAACCUGUCGGCGCUAACCGCUCUCACCGCCUUUUCGAACCGGCUGUCGGGGAGCAUACCCUCCUCAUUACAGGGCCUGUCAUCCCUCAGCACACUCCAUUUGGAAGACAACCACCUCGGCGGAACCAUACCUUCUUGGCUAGGCAACCUCUCGUCGCUGGCAUCCUUAAACCUCCAGAGCAAUGGUUUGGUGGGGUGCAUCCCCGAGUCUAUAGGGAACCUUGGGUUGCUUGAAGCCGUUUCGCUCGCGGAGAACAAGCUCGUCGGACAGAUACCAGACGCCAUUGGGAACCUCCAUGCCCUCGCUGAACUUUACCUAGACAACAAUGAGCUAGAAGGCCCCCUGCCACUCUCAGUGUUCAACCUCUCCUCUCUUGAGAUGCUCAACAUCCAACACAACAACCUCACCGGGGGCUUUCCGUCCGACAUGGGCGACACGAUGACGAGUCUCCAGUCCUUUCUUGUCUCUGAUAACCAGUUUCAUGGCGUGAUCCCGCCGUCCUUGUGCAAUGCCUCCAUGCUUCAGAUGGUCCAGACAGUAAACAACUUCCUAUCGGGAACGAUCCCGCAGUGCCUGGGGGCUCGCCAAGAUAUGCUCUCCGUGGUGAACUUUGCGGGGAAUCAGCUUGAAGCAACCAACGAUGCUGAAUGGGGCUUCCUGACUAGUCUAACCAACUGCAGCAAUAUGAUAUUAGUGGAUGUUAGUGACAACAAGUUCCAAGGCGUGCUACCGAAAUCAAUCGGCAAUUUGUCGACACAGAUGGAGUUUCUUGGCAUUGCAUCCAACAGCAUAGCAGGGACGAUAACUGAAGCGAUAGGGAACUUCAUCAACCUGGAUGAACUUGACAUGGAAAAUAAUCUUCUGGAGGGCACCAUCCCAGCAUCUCUCGGCAAGCUUAAGAAGUUGAAUCGGUUGUCAUUAUCAAAUAACAAUUUUUCAGGAUCCAUCCCAAUGGCUCUUGGAAAUCUUACAAAGCUUACAACCCUUCUGCUUAGCACUAAUGCGCUCAGUGGAGCCAUACCUUCUGCUCUCAGCAACUGUCCUUUAGAGCAGCUGGAUCUUUCUUACAACAAUCUUUCCGGCCCAACGCCUAAGGAGGUUUUCCUCAUCUCAAGCUUGUCGAGUACCAUGUAUCUUGCACAUAAUUCACUGACUGGGACUUUGCCUUCAGAAGUGGGAAAUCUCAGGAAUCUAGGUGAACUUGAUCUCUCUGAUAACAUGAUUUCAGGAAAGAUUCCUGCCAACAUCGGGGAGUGUCGAAGCUUACAAUACCUCAAUUUAUCUGGGAACCAUCUCGACGGGACGAUUCCCCUGUCACUAGGACAGUUACGGGGACUCCUAGUGCUUGAUCUUUCUCGGAAUAAUUUAUCUGGGAGCAUUCCUGAGUUCCUCGGUACCAUGAAAGGUCUUGCUAGUUUGAAUCUCUCUUCCAAUGAUUUUGAAGGUGAAGUUCCGAAAGACGGAAUAUUCCUUAAUGCAACUGCAACCUCAGUCAUGGGAAACAGUGCUCUGUGUGGUGGGAUCCCUCAACUCAAGUUGAAAAUGUGCUCCAGUCCCACUAAAAGGAGAAUAUCUUCAAAGCUUCUCAUGAUUAUCGCAGCAGGCGCCGGAAUUCUGUUGGUCAUACUAUCCGCAAUGUUUGUGUUAUGUAAAAGAAGCAAGCUUAGAAGAGCAAAGCCACAGAUAACUCUCCCCAGUGACAAAUACAUUAGAGUUUCUUAUGCUGAAUUGGCCAAGGCAACAGAUGGUUUCAAAUCCGAGAACCUCAUCGGGGUUGGCAGCUUUGGUGCAGUGUACAAGGGAAGAAUGGAGAUCUCUGGCCAACAAGUGGUGGUGGCAGUGAAGGUACUCAACCUGCAGCAUGCUGGCGCAUCCCGAAGUUUCGAUGCAGAAUGUGAGGCUUUGAGAUGUAUUCGCCACCGUAACCUUGUGAAGGUUAUAACAGUGUGCUCAAGUAUUGACUCUCGAGGUGGCGACUUCAAGGCUGUUGUGUUUGAUUUUCUGCCAAAUGGAAAUCUAGACCAGUGGCUACACAAGCAUAUCGAGGAAGAUGACGAACCCAAGAUGCUAGAUCUCAUUGAAAGACUUCAGAUAGCCAUCCACGUGGCUUCUGCGCUUGACUAUUUACAUCAUCAGAAGCCGUUUCCAAUUGUUCAUUGCGACCUCAAGCCAAGCAAUAUUCUCCUUGACAACAACAUGGUUGCUCAUGUCGGUGAUUUUGGGCUUGCAAGGUUCCUACAUGACGGACAUAAUGACAAGUCAGAGACACCAACUAGUAGUCGGACUGCAAUAAGAGGAACAAUUGGUUAUGUGGCUCCAGAAUAUGGACUUGGCAAUGAAGCCUCAAUCCAUGGUGAUGUCUACAGCUACGGUAUACUGCUGCUCGAGAUGUUCACCGGUAAAAGACCCACAGGCUCUGAAUUCGGAGAAUUGCUUAGCCUUCAUAAGCACGUACAAAUGGCACUGCCAGACCAAGCGGCUACUGUCAUUGACCAAGACCUAUUAAAAGCAGAAAGUAAUGGCAAAGGAACGGAAGGGGGGUAUCACAGCAGCGAAGACACGAGAAUUAGUUGCAUCGUCUCGAUUCUGCAGGUUGGAAUUUCAUGCUCCAAAGAGACACCAACUGAACGCAUUCAAAUUGGAGAUGCAUUGAGAGAGUUGCAGAUAAUCAGAGAUAAGUUUUACGCGCAUUAGUGAUCUCCUUGGUGAAUUGGCAAAAUAUAGCCAAGGCAUACUGAAGCAUGCUUGUGAGGAUCAUGCAGGUAACCUAGUCGUUUUAACUCUGUAAUAAGAUGCUGAAAGCUGAAGAUCCUCCAUCAGAGGCAUCUUAAGGAGUCAACGACAAUUCUCUUGAUUUUUCAGUGUCGACAGGAAAGCCAAGAAAUUCCAGAUAAGGAACUGAAGAAACUUAACUUACAAUUAA